AUGCCAGGCGAAGAAAUUAUCACCAUCGUCAACAACUCGGGGAAGAUCAUCAGCACGGGGAGGCAGCUGAUGGGCAUCUUCAAGGAUGCCAAAGCUACAUAUCGCGAGAGGAAAGAAGCCGCAAAGGCAGAGCGCGACUUCAACAACGGCAGCUAUUCCUCCGGCCGAUCACGGGGAGAAGUCCACAUCACAGUUCCCCGAGGCGGUCGAGGAUACGAUGAAUACGACAGCAGAGGCCCUGUCAAGAAGCUCGACGGCGGCAACAUCAGGGAUCGCAAACUUCUCGGCGACAGCAAUGGUGGACGCCGUAAAUCCCACGACGAUGACACCCGUUCUUUCGCUUCUAAACACACCUCCGCUUCGCGCAGCAAGUCCCACCGCGGCAAGCGAUCAUCGUCUCAAGCACCGACUCCUUCGACAGCCCUGACGGUGGACAACCUCAAGACGUACACGGAGAUUUCGUCAACAGCGCCGUCGAAGCCACCGAAGGGAUACAGCAAGGAUCUGGAACUCGCCGGUGGCCGACCAACACUUAACCACGCCAAUACCAUGCCCGCCAGUCCAACCUUUGACGUCGCCGCUUCAGGAAGUCGUAGUCGCAACCCCUUUAACCGUCGGCAAUCCGAAGCCCCGCCCUCUUCUUCCAGGAACAGAAGCAGUAGAGAUCGAGACCACGACCUAGCCUACGGUGACCUUCCUCCCGACUUGCACCUCCGCGACGACCUCGACCGCGGCCGACACCGCUCCUCCUACGAUAACAUUAACCGCUCUUACCCAGUCCCACCACCGGGAAUCCCUACCUUCGCACCCGACUUCUCCCCGCAAGAACCCGAACAAAAAGAAGCGCUGGAUCUCAUCUCCCGCAUCGAAUCCUUUCUUCUAGAAGCGCACUGCUUACAGGCUUCAGCAUCAUGCAUGAUCGAGAACUUGCAACAAAACCCUGAAGCAGCAGCUGCCGUCGCUUUGUCGCUGGCUGAACUUAGUGCCAUCAUCGGGAAGAUGAGUCCUGCCUUUUUGGCGUUCCUAAAGGGUGGAAGUCCAGCGAUUUAUGCCUUGCUUUGCUCACCGCAGUUUUUAAUUGGCACGGGAAUUGCCGCGGGCGUGAUGGUGGUUAUGUUUGGUGGGUGGAAGAUUAUUAGGAAGAUUACGCAGGGGAAUGCUAAACAAAAGGAAGCGGCUGUGGAGAUGAAUGCUGUUAGUGGGAAUGGUGCAACAAAUGGGAAUGGUAUGGGUAUGGGUGCUAUGGGCUUUAAUGCCGGUGCGAGAGCUGGUGCUGCCGCGGGGGGACAUGAUGAUGCGUUGGUGUUGGAUGAUGAUUUAUCGACUAUCGAGUGCUGGAGACGCGGGAUUGUGGUUACGGGGGAAGAAGAGGCGGAGGUGGAAUUGAGGAGUCCGGAGGCGGAUAAGGCGUUGAGACAGAAGUAUAAGGAUGAGGUGCAGGUGCAUGGGGAAGUCAGUCCGGAUGAUUCGGUGAGCCAGGUGGGAUUGGCAAGACGGACGACGGUGAAGAAGGAGAAGGAGUAUAGGCCGAGUGGACUGAGGGAGAGGUUGAGGGAUGCUGUUGGGGGGCAUUCCAGUUCUGAUAAGUCUGAUAAGGAACGAGAUGCAAAGGAGAAGGAAAAGGAAAGGGAUAGCAAAGACAAGAGCAGCAGCAGACGCCACCGCGACGACCUCGACAUUCCUGACCGCAAGUCGUCACGCGACAAGAAAGACAAAGCCGUCACCAGCUCAAGCGAAGUCGGCGCCUCUUCACAAGUCUCUUACCGCAGCUCUCGCUCUCACCGCACCAGCACUCGCAGCGAAGCCGGCGGUGGCUCCCGUUCGAAACUGGACAGAGAAAGGGAAAAGGACACCAAGGACCGAGAGCGAAAGUCAGCUUCGAGAGUCGGCACCAGCAGCAGCAAGGAAGUGAAUCUUGAUGAUGGAGACAGUGCCGGGAAGAAGAAGAGUAAUAUGAUUAAGAGUCUGUUUAAGAAAAUGAAGGAUAAGGAGGAUGAGAAGAUUGCGACUAAGGAGAGGGAGGAGAGGCGGGAUAGGGACCGGGAGAGGGAGAGGGAGAGGGAGAGGGAUGGUGGGAAGGAAAGAGAUGGGAAGGAUAGAGAGCGGGAGAGGGAGAGGAGGACUUCCAAGGAGGGACACGGGGAGCGUCAUGUUAGGAGGGCUGCGAGCGUGGCGAACUAA